AUGGAUAAUCCCGACUUGUAUUACGAAUACCUUUUCCGGGCUAUCCAGUGGGGUGUCGAAUACAUCGACGUCGAGCUUUGGCUCCCGGAACAUAUUCGUCGGAGGCUGUACGAAAAACGCGGGAGCAGCCGUAUUAUGUCUGCGUUCCACGACUUUUCUGGCACAUUCAAAUGGCCUUCGGCCCAAGCAGAGGCUAUCUUCCUUGAGUCUCGAAAAUAUGCUGAUAUCAUAAAAAUGAUAUCAAUAAUCAACGAUCACAACGAGAAUUUCGAGUUGGAAUACUUCCGCUCGAAAAUUCGAGGCGAAUAUCCAGACUCGCCCCCCCUUUCAGCCGUCAAUAUGGGUGAAACUGGUCAGUUCUCGAGAACUCUAAACAAGGUCUUCACACCUAUCACUCAUCCUCUUCUUCCGAUAAUUGCUGCGCCAGGUCAGAUGAGUGCUGCUGAGAUUAAUGCCGCACUGUCAUUGCUUGGCCAACUUCCAAAGAAGAGUCUCUACGGAAUUAGUAGCCCAUUCUCCCGUAUUGCGACUCCUCACGCACCCUUCUACGAGAAGUGCUUCAACGAGCUUGGCUUGCCACACCAAUUUGCUGUUGUCGAAAGACACCUUAAGGGACCUACCUGUGUGGAGGCGUUGUGCAAUCAAAAAUCCUUCGGCGGGGCAUAUUUGAGCCCGCCAGUAUCUUUGGCAAGUCUCAUGUAUGAGAGCUCUUUCUUUACGAGGCUUAAUAAUGGAUUGGGCCCAUCACUUACUGAAGCUGCUCGUACGAUUGGUAUGGUUGAUACCAUCGUUGUUCAAUCUCGAUCGUCUCCACCAUCCUCAGCACCUCCUGCCACUCCUUCAGGCUCUGACCAGAGUGUUGAUACGUCCCCAAAUAUUGGUAUCGGCAAUUGUAACGGGUUACCACUAAGCUCGACACUAAUUUUUGACAACGCAAAUUGGCGUGGCAUCGUCAGUACUCUAACACGUGAUCUUGCGCCAUCAGCUUACUCUGGUCGUGCGGCAGUUGUCCUAGCAGCAAAUUCCGACGACGCAGCGUCAGCCAUGUACGCAUUGAAAGCGCUUCGAAUUGGUAAGGUAUAUACUGUUGGUUUCAAGACACCCCCUAGUCUAGCCCGCGGCCUCGAAGUCGAGCCCUUCAACAGUUUAGAGAGUCUCCAAAGAGCAAGGAUGGUGCGUGAUAAGGCUAGCCCUUUCGUAAUCAUCUCUGCUCUGGGACCUGAGAAGUCUAAUAUUGUCGGGAUGCUUGUGCGUGUGUUUGGAGGUUCAAGAGGUUCGUCCACGCAGAUUCGCAAGGUCUUCCUAGACUUGGCCGAUGGUCCGAGGAAAGGAGACCCAAGCGCGGUUGCUGAACAGAGUGGCUUCGCCGCGUACGGCGUAGCAGAUACCACAGCAUUCACGACCGUAGAAACUCUUAGGUUGCUCGUCGGCCAAAAUGUACCCUACAGUUUUGUGCGGCUUGCGGGCGGCCAGGGAAUGUUUUAA